AUGAUAAUACGGUGUAGUUUGAGACAAUUUUUGAAAGGAUAUUCUAUAGCAAAAAGAACGAUUUCAACGAGGUUUGGAUUUUAUGAAAAAAAUUUUAAAAUUUAUGGGGAGGGGAUUUUUCAAUAGAAAAAAUUAUUUCUUCAAAGUCUCACGAAUGCAGUUUUUUUUGAUGAAAAUAUUUUUAAAGAUGCUUCAACCCAAAUUAGAAUUUUUAAACGUGAACUUUGAAAUUUUUUUGUUCAAAAUUAAAAUCAGAUUUCAAAACAUUUCUGAAAAAAAUUGAAAUUUAAAAUUUUCAGUUCAACACAAUGUACAGUAAUCCCAACAGCGAGUAGUUUAGUUGCACAAACUCCGGAUCAUGUAAAACCGUAUUUGCAAAUUAUGCGAGUUGAUAAACCAAUUGGUGAGUUUGUUUUUUAAGUUUUGAAAGUUGAAAAAAAAUGAGAAAAGUUUUCAAUUCAUUAGUUAAAAUUGAAAUAUUGAAGUUUUUUUUGUACAUGAAUCGUCAAAAAACUAUUUUCAGAAUAAAUUUAAAAAAAACAAAUGAAGUCUGAAAAAUUUAAUUUAAUUUUUCUCCCAGGAACCUGGUUAUUAUAUUGGCCGUGCACAUGGAGCAUCGCAUUUGCAGCGCCAGCUGGUCAAUUACCCUCUUUGUAUAUGUUGUCGCUUUUUGGAGCCGGAUCUUUUUUGAUGCGAAGUGCCGGAUGUGUUAUUAAUGAUUUGUGGGAUAAGGAUUUUGAUAGAAGGGUUCGUUUUUUCUCGGAAUAAAUUUAUGCUUUCAGAAAAUAUUGGAAUGCUAGAAAAUCCCUUGAAAUGCUAAUUUUCUAAUUGCAUUUUUAAUUCAAGCUGUAUCAAAUUCUGCAAAGAUAUUCUUCAUUUUCUAAAUCUAAAUCCGUGUUUUUUUUCAGGUAGAACGAACAAAAAUGCGACCGUUAGCCUGUGGUUCUUUAACCGAAAAACAAGCAGUUGGUUUAUUGGCUGGUCUUUUAACUGCUUCUCUCGGUAUUUUAAUGCAACUUAAUUGGUAUAGUGUAGCGGUUGGCGCAUCUUCAAUGCUUCUUGUUGUCGGUUAUCCACUUGCUAAAAGAUUUACCUAUUGGCCACAAUUUGUGCUAGGUGAGCGAAAAUGAAUUUUAUGAUAGAACAUAGAUGAAGAGAGGGGAAUUUUUGAGAAUGAAAAAAGUGGUUGAAACUUGAGAAUGGACUUUGAGUGUUGUAAGAUCAGAAUUUUCUCAAAAAUCUAUUUCCCAUAUAUUGACAAAUUUCUCAUUUUACAACAUUCAAAAUUUAUUUCCAAUUUUCAUCCAACUUUUUCUCUCUCAAAAUCCACCCUUUUUUCACCACCGUAGAGAUUUUUCUUCCUUUUUCAUAUUUCUGCUACAGGUGCCACUCUAAAUUGGAGUGUUUUGAUUGCGUGGGCUGAAUUGGGUGGUGGCCUCAGUGAUUUUAGCACUUUUGUUCCACUCUACGUUGCCACCAUUUUGCACACGGUCAUCUACGAUUCUAUUUAUAGCCAUCAGGUGUGUAAUUAUUAUUGAUUAUUAUGUGAAUAUAGUUUAGUCAGCAAGAAUAUUUAUAUUUUUAGUCAUAGUGCUUUUGUAUAGUGUUGUUGGUUUUGGAGUUAAAUGUUUCUUAAAAAUGGGGUGGAAAUUAUCGGAAAAUUUUGAAAAACGGAUUUCUGGCAGAGGAAAAAUAAUUGAAAAUACAAACUUUUGUUUAAAAAAUACAUUUUUCAAAUUGUUUUCUCGCAAAUCCUCUGAAAUUACGGCUUGCUUCUUCUUUUUUCUUUUCCUCCCCCUUCAAAAAUUCAAUAAGUGUUUAGUAUUUAAUAUGUAGAGCUGCCACCCAAUUGAGUUCAGUUUUCAGUCUGGCAAGAUUUUUUUUUUCGAUGUUAGAUACGUAAUUUUCUGUCUAGGUUUGACAUUCAAUUGGGGUGCAUUAUUGGGAUGGUGUGCAAUUCGUGGUGAUUUAUCAUCGUCCGUCCCUUUUUGGUUGUAUUUGGCCGCGUUGAAAUGGACACUGGUUUAUGAUACAAUUUAUGCACAUCAGGUUAAUAUCACAGAAAAAUUGCAUGUUGAAAAUGGAAAUGGGAUUGUUUUGUUUCGUUUACAAAUGAGAAGAUUUCUGGAAUUUCUUGGGGAACGGUUAUGACGAUAGAAAACAGGUCAAAUUCAAAAAUUCUUUUCCACGUCAUAACUAUGUUCCCCAAAAAAUUCCAAAACCUUAUAUUCAUUUAACACUGUGUGUUUUCCCCUUCAUUCCUCACAAACGCAUGCUUGUCUAUUUUUUCAGUUUCGUUAAGUUCAAGUUUUGUCUUUUUAUUUCAUUUCUAUGAUUUCCUUCUUCCCCUGAUAAAACCCUGUUGUAUUCCUCAAAAAAUCCGCAAUGUUUUAGGAUAAAGCUGAUGAUAUAAUGAUUGGUGUGAAAUCGUCGGCUCUUCGACUUGGAGAUGACACCAAAAAAUGGUUGAGCGCUUUUGGUGUUGGAACAAUUGCCUCGUUGACAAUGGCUGGAAUUGCCAGCCAACAAACUUGGCCAUAUUAUUUGGCGUUAGCAGGUGAGGAAUUGAAUUUGAAGAGAAGGGUCUCAUUGAACUCUAAAAUGCUUUUUUUUCUAACAUCACAAAUUAUUUUGCAGGAACAUCGGCUCAACUCGGCUGGCAAAUCGGAACUGUCAACAUCCACAACAGCGAUGAUUGUUGGCGAAAAUUCAAAUCGAAUUCAUGGAUGGGUAUUAUUCUAUUUACCGGAAUUGUCGCCUCAACUUUAUUGAAAAAAGAAGAAGAAAAACGGUUUUUAGGCACAAAAGAUGAAGGAUGGUAG